AUUAACAAAAUAAACAUGAUUUUCAUAUUAUUCUGUCUUACAUGUAGCAAUAGUUGAAUUAAGGUCGGAGUCAUAAUUUUGUGACAUGUGACCAUAUUGUUGUACUUUUUUUUUUUUUUUUUCAUUUGCACAUAGUAAUCUACAGUUAGGUUGGAGUGUUGAGGUUAGUGGAAAAUGCUGACAUUAGGAGGUCGUGCUGGUUUUUGACUUCAUAUUUGAGUGAUUUAUUCAUACAUAUCUCAUGGGGGUUUGUAGAAAUUGGUGAUCCCUAGUGUGCAAUAUUCAAUGCAUUUGACUAUUAUAUUCAAGUUCAUACCACAUCUCACAACAGACAGCGAAACCGCACGUAACGCAGAGGUGUCUUUUAGUAGAGCUUAAUUUGGGUGAAAAUAAGGUGCGAAUUCUUGGGAAGUCUGUCCAUGGCAUGUAGGUGAAGUGAAGAAAAACUUAUCCAGAUUCACGCACACGAUGACGUUGUGGACGCACUGCACUGCCCUUUUUAAUUCUCUCUUCUUCAGAAGAAAAGAAUUCUGCCACCUAAACUCCCAUGGGUACACUGUAUCCGUUUUGUAAAACUGAUCCUCUUGACAAGUAUCCAUGGCCGGAGACACGUGUCGCCACUCUGCAUUUAUAUAUAUUUUUCCAUCCUCACAUCGCAUCUACACACCAAAACAUAGUCUUGCAAGAUGCUGACCGCCGCCGGAGAGGAGAAGCGGGCCCGGAAGAUCGCUCAGGCGAGCUCCAGGAAAGGCUGCAUGCGCGGCAAGGGCGGCCCCGAGAACGCCGCCUGCACCUACAAGGGCGUCCGCCAGCGCACCUGGGGCAAGUGGGUCGCCGAGAUUCGCGAGCCCAACCGCGGCUCCCGCGUCUGGCUCGGCACAUUCGACACCUCCUACGACGCCGCCGUCGCCUACGACGCCGCGGCGCGCAAGCUCUACGGCCCCGACGCCAAGCUCAAUCUGCCCCACUUGUACGAGGAGAUGCCUCCUCACCAGCCCCCGCAGCUGCCGGCGGAGGCCACCUCCGGAGGAUAUUAUCCGGCUCCAGCUGAUUGCGGAGAGUAUGUGAGCGGGUGUGGGAUAUUGAAGAAUCUGGAUGUGAGCCUGCCGGAGGUUGAUGACUCGUAUCUGUGGGCGGAGGCGGCCAAGGGGACGUCGUUCAGGAUUGUGGAGGAGGAAGGCGCCUUCGCCACCAAUUUAGAUGGCAACGGCGUGCCUUUCCCGUGGUUCCCUCACUCGCUCUGAGUCUCAGAUUAUAAUUCGGAAUUAAUUCACAAAUACAAGGCAAUCUAUACUUACCAGUCUUAUAAUUAAUUAAUGUGUAAUGUAAAUAUAUAUUUGUGUAUAUAUAAUAUUAGUACAAGUGGAUGGAUAGGUAUAUACGGCGGUAGCUGACGGGGCUCGUCGCUACAUGGAGUAGUAUUUAGUGUGAUGUGGCGCCACAUCCGCCCAUUUUGCCUUGUUCAACUCCAGAUUCAUAUAGAUCAUGUAUAUCACCUUUUAAUGUUUCAAUUUGACGUGUAUGCUGCGCUACUGUUUCUCAACGUAUACUUAAUAGACAAUACUAAAAUUAAAAUUGUACGUAA